AUGUUCCACAGUUUUCUUCGUCGCGCGCAAGGCCCUGCGCGUGGCAUCCUACGUUUCCCGAAUCGUCGUGCUUUCUCAUACGUGUCAACGCACCAAACUUUUCCAGCUAGCCUAUAUCGAUUUCAGAUACACCGCGACUCAAAGCUGUACGACAGAGCCGUUGAACAAGAUGACUGGGAGUAUGAGGACGGAGUUGAAAUCUCUGCAGACGGCUUGGUACAUCCGAAUAUUACAGCUGAUUGUACGCGAAAGCAAAUUCACAUUUUUCGCCUGCUAACUUUUUCAGUUUCUAACGGCGCAUUAUUUAUGCCGAACACGCACUUUAUGCAAGAGAUCACACGAAGGUCGUUUGAUAACUACUUAGAUAACGUGGAAAGUGGUCAACACACUGCCGAACCUCAUUAUUUGUGCAUACCUAAAGGCCAAGGCCUGAACAAAAUGUUGACUCAGUUUUAUCUCCACUAUAGACGUGUUUUUAACCCAGACGAUUGGCUUGGUAGACACCCCUACCAUGAAGCAUCUUUUGAUGAUCAGGAAGAGUGGAUGAACACAUAA